AUGCCAAUUGAUAGAAGUCCCAACAGGCGUAGUUCAGAAGUUGGAGAUAAAGACAGAGAUAGAAAUCGUGAACACCGACUCCAAGAGGUGAAAGGUGCUAGUUAUGUGUUGAAUAAUAAGACUAAUGGGUUAGGUGAAAGAGCCAAGGAUUCUGAUACAACAGCAGUCCCUCGUUCUCGAUCUUAUGUUCAGAAAUACUACUCCUUUCGUCCCAAAGAUAUUCCACCUUUUUGUUUAUAUGAGUUUGUUAUUUUUAUCAAACUCAUCUUUUGGACAGAGCAUGACGACCGUCGAACGGCUGCCCGAGAUGGCAGACACUCUGGACGAAGAUCGACUUCUGAACGUGGAUGGUGGAAAGAUUCUGCAGAUAUAGAGCGACGACCAUAUAAAACAGCACCUUCCGAUCGAAAAGAAAGGGAUGAAAAAACCCGAGCUCAAGGCGGUGAUAAACAUGCUUGGAAACAUGAUAAAUUCGUGGAAGCAGAGGGCGAUGUACGUCCACCUACCAAAAAAAGACGUCCAUUUAGAGAGGAGAAACUUCCCGUUGAGUCUGAGAAUGUGAAAAUUCUUGUUGCAGAGCCUAGCGUGGGUACCAAUCCUCCUAGCUCUACUUUUGAUGCUGUAAGACGGGAGGAAAAAGCACGUGAUCGUUGCCCUUUGGAAAGAAACCAGUAUGAUCGACCAUAUGAAAGGGACAUAUCAUUUUCAAGCCGACCACGAGGGGAUAAUAAUGGAUUUCCUUCUCAAGGACAAGGUAGGUUCAACGGUGUUGGUAACGAUGGCAAAUAUAAGGGAAAGGAGAUAUUUCGUGCACAACAAGGGUAUCGAUCAAAUGGUGGUCGGGUGGAGAAGUGGAAGCAUGACUUGUUUGAUGAGACUAAUGGAAGCACAUCCCCUAAAAAAGAGGAAGAUCCAGUUGCAAAGGUGGAAGCAUUACUUGCUUUGUAGAUUCACCAAAACUUGCUUUGAAAUUAUUAGUGAAUUCUUGAUUACUGACUUUUAGCUCCAAGACCUUUAGAUAUUGCAAUGCCUUUUGUUGGUUGAACAAUUUGCUAGAUAAUUUGUGUUUAUCCAAGAAGUUUGUCUAUUAACAACAAA